AUGUCGUUGAUGGCGUUGCGGUAUGAAAACAUAUGAUUUUUUUUUGAAAAUAAAAAUUUAAAACCAGAGAUUUACAGAGUAUUGGAUUCAUAUUAAUUGAAUUUCCACUUUAUCGAAUAAUGAAUUAUAUAACUUCUUAUUGUGAAUUUAUGAUAAAUCUUUUUGAAAAGCCGAGUUAUGGGUUAACGCCAUUUUAUUAUUUUCGAAUAUUUUUUCAAUUUUUGAAAAUCAUUUCAACUGUUACCCUAUGUGCUAAUCGAUUUACAAGUGUUUUCAAACCUACAAAGCAUACACAGGUGAGAAAUUCUAUGAGGUUUUGAAAAUUUAUUAUUUUCAGGGCUGGAAAAUCUAUCUCUGUCAUGUUGUAAUUUCCGAAAUCCUCAUCUCCGCGCUAUUUUCUACACCAAUCUUAACUGGACCCUCCUUCAUCUAUAUUCAUCAAAAUCAAGCGCAACUAAAUUAUAUCCACACAAUUCCAUAUUUUCGAAUCACAUCUUUCAGAAUAUUUCUAAUGGUUUCAUCAUUGUUUUUCAUAAUUUUGUCGCUCUUCAUUACUCUUUCAAAAAUCUCAAAACUCUCUGCAAACAUGAGAAAAUUGGAGAUUUCCAUGAUUAUGUCAACAAUUUUCCUAUCUCUCGGAUUUGUUUUCCAACUCAUUCUAUCAAUUCUAGUUGUAACUGUUCCAGAAGAUUUUACUUUAGCACAUCCAGAUAUAUUUUGGUGGUUUUUAAUUGCCAAUCAACUUGCAUGUGAUUAUUAUAUGAUUAGUGGCCCAAUUGUUCUGAUUAUUUUUAAUAGAAAUAUUCGAGAAUCAAUAUUUCGAUGCUGCUCGAAACCAAGAAAACCAUCACGCGCACAAGUGAACACAUUAACUGGAUAA